GUUAUAGCCUGUGGCCAUGGCGGACCGAGUUGGACAUGGAGACUUUUUGAAAGAAAAUAUUCAAAAAUUCAACAACGAGAGGCGAAGUAGUAAGCAAUGGGUAAAGCUUAACGUCGGUGGGACUUAUUUUCUCACAACAAAAACAACUUUAUGUAGAGAUCCUAAUUCAUUUUUGUAUCGAUUAGUUCAAGAGGACAGUGACUUGAUUUCUGACAGGGACGAAACUGGCGCUUAUUUAAUAGACAGAGAUCCAACGUAUUUUUCACCAGUGCUCAAUUAUCUUCGACACGGUAAAUUGGUAAUAAAUAAUGAUAUUGCAGAAGAGGGAGUUUUAGAAGAAGCAGAGUUUUAUAACAUAACAGAGUUAAUCAGAUUAGUAAAGGAAAGAAUUCGCCUCAAAGAGAGGAGACCUCUAAAAGAUAGCAAGAAACAUGUGUACAGGGUACUUCAGUUCCAUGAAGAAGAGUUAACACAGAUGGUAUCAUCAAUGUCUGAUGGCUGGAAGUUUGAACAGUUAAUAAAUAUUGGUUCUCAAUACAACUACGGCAAUGAUGAACAUGCUGAAUUCCUUUGUAUUGUGAGUCGGGAGUGUGGCAGUUCUGUUAACAGUAAUGAUGUUGAACCCACUGAUCGUGCUAAGGUACUUCAACAGAAAGGCUCACGAAUGUGAGCAUUCUAUUCUACUGUUUUGUGACUGUCAUCUCUGUGUGUGAAAUGUGUAAAUAAGUAUUUAUAGAGUAAAAUGGUUACUAUAUUAUUCAUAAAAAAAAAACGAAAAUGUUUUAGAAACUCAUUCUAUCAGUGUAUUUUGAAGCUAAUUUUGCAUGUACUGCACCACUCAUGUCUAUUAGAGAGGACAAGCAAAAUAAAAUUGAAAAUGUAAAAUAAAUAUUAAUUAUUUAAAUGUACAGAAUACUUGGACAAUUUGAAAGAAACAAAAUACAUAGCUAGAAUGAUUAUCAAGCAUUUCUUUUUUAUCAAUAAUAUGGUUAAUCUUUUAUGACUUCAUUAUAUUCUGAGAUUUGUUUCAUAUUAGUCAAUUGAUUGGUAACUUAUGUAAUCCAUUUCAAGAUUAAUGAAUACUCAGUUUAAUGUAAAGCUAGAAAAAAACUUGAUUUAUAUUAUUUGAAGCUUAGAAAUCACUAUAAGAGUAUUCUUUGUCCUGUGUAAGUAAUGCAGAGUAGUUAAAUUCUGCUUCCCUAACAAAAUGUAAAAUAUUGGUGAUAAUUUAGCAAUAAAAUAUUGCAACUAAUCAUUUAGUGUUUUUAUAGAUUGUAAGGCUUAUCUACUCCAGUGUUAGUGAGAAUAAUACUACCUAAUUAACAAAAUUCUACAGUUACGAAAAGAUAUUCAGUAAAAUAUUUAUUUUUUAGCUUCGGUUGUUGUGUUCUCACAAGAGUGAAACUUAAUGGUUGCUGCUGUUCUGAUACAGAACCUGUACUUAAAAUAAAAACAUUAUUACAAACUAUUAUUUUUAUACUACAUAUUUUGUAAAAUUCCUUUAGAGGUGUAUGUUGUUCAUAUUAGUUGUAAAUAAUGUAUCUAGAAACUUCUGAAAGAAAUAUGAACUAUUGUAAUGUUGAUUUGUAAGGGAAGCUGAAUAACUUGUGCAAACUUUGAGUCUGUUCUUGGCAAUUAUAUAAUGUUUUUGUUAUUUUAAUAAUAUGCAAGCUAACAAUGUGAAAUAUUAACAAGAUUAGUGAUCUUGGAUUAAAAAUUUUAGAAAAGGAUUUUUGCAUUUCGAGAACAGACCUACAAUUUUCAUUAAGAAUCAUUUUAAAUUUUGUAAUUAAUUCCUAUUCUUACAGUCUGAGAGUUUGUGACAAAAAUGUGUAAAAGCUUUCGGAAGCUUGAAUUUUCUGUAUGUUGAAGUACUAAAUGGUCAUUGCCGACCUAUCCUUAAAGGCAAGUUAGGCAACUGCCUAGGGCUAUCGUAUUUGAGGGGCAUGAAACAUAUUGUUUGCUCUAAUUAUUUCAACCUUAAUAAUGCAAUAUCAAAGUCAAAGUCAAAAUAAUCUUUAUUCAAAUAGACUUCUUAAAAGUACUUUAGAAUCAUCCAACAUUUUUUACCUACCACUCUUUCAGGAUAUGUUUUGACUGAUAAGAAGAACGAGCAAGAAACUCACGAGCUCUAAUAGGAGUAAUGACAUUAACAAAAACCAUGUCAUUACCAGAUCAAUACAUUAUAUAUAGAGGGAGAAAAAUAAUACACUUUUUAUAGAAAACGUAAUAAUAUUUUAACGAACGUACAUAAAGUUCUAGUAUAUGGGUUAAGAAGCAACAGUCGCUAUAUCUAUUUAUUAUAAAUUGAUCUAAUUGCUCUUUUCUGAAGCACAAAAAUCGUUUGUAUGUCGGCAGCAUUUCCCCUCAAUAGGAUUCCGUACGACAUUACAUUAUGAAAGUAGGUAAAGUAUACUAAUCUGGCAGUAUCUAUGUCAGUUAACCUACGUUAUAUGCUGUAGCGCUAAGUCUAUUCGACAAUUUAUUAAUAUGUGGGCCCCAAUUUUAUUCCUAAAAAUACUGUGGGUCCAACAAGACCCAUGUUCUUAUCUUUUAAAUUCAUAUUUAUAUCUACGUUUUUAACAUUAGUUAGUACAAAUUUUAGGCAAUUUAUUUUUCCUUCAUUAAGGAGAAAAUUAUUCACAUUAAACUAUUGCACUACUUUAGUGAUAGAAUUAUUCACAUCGCCACUUAGAGGUAGUCCUCUUAUAAUUUUAAACAAAAGUGAAGUGUCAUACGCAAACAAAACUAUUUUGUAAUUACUUAUCGAAAUAAGGCAAGUCGUUUAUGUAAAUUAAAAACAAGAAAGGACCAAGUUUGGAGACCUGUGGAACACCCAUCUUAACUUUCGAUCCAGGGGAUCUUUUGCCAUUGAUGUCAACCCUCUGCAGUCUGACAGUCAAGUAUGAGACAAUAAAAUCCAAUGAGUUAUCUCUAAAUCUAUAAUAAUGAAGUUGCCUUAUCAAUGUUUCAUAAAAAAACAACCAAAUGCCUUAGAUUGGUCAUAAAAAAAAAACCUAACGAAUUAUGUGGCAUAACUCCCAAGCAUUAAAAAUUUCUUAUAUUGACACCGGCUUUGGUUGUUGAGCGACCCAUUGUAAAACCAAAUUGUUGUGGAUUCAUAUGGUUUCUCUUGUAAAAAUAUGUUUGUAUUUGAUCCAACAUAUUUUUUUCAAAAAUUGUACCAAACGUAGGCAGCACGGAUAUAAACAGUCUAAAGUGAGUAGGAUCAGAUGUGCCACCCGAUUAAUAUAACGAAAUAAUUUCACUAUAUUUCAUGAGCUCAGGAAAAAUACCACAAUCAGUACACUUAUUAAAUAUAUGAGCUAGGAUUGGAGUUAUUGAUUUGGAAAUGUCAAUGGAAUCACCCCAUAAAUCAGUGGUUUUCUUUUUUUUUAGCUGAUUUGAAUAUUUUAUUAUAUCUUUAAAAUCAAUGUAUUGAAACUUAAAUUGGCUAUUACAAUUAUUUAAAUUUGCAUUUAAAAUAGGUCCAGCAACAGUGGAAGAGUAAUUUAAAGAUUGUGUAAUUAAGACUGGAAUUUCGGUAAAUAAAUUUUCAAAUACUGUAGCAACCUCAAGAUCUGAUGUUACUUUUUUUAUUAUCAAUUUUUAAAUUAAAAUUUGUAUUCCGGGAUUUUUCUCUUCCAGUUUCACCAUUUAUGAUAUUCCACGUCAUUUUAACUUUAUUUUUACUAGUUUUAAUUUUUGCAUUGAAAUAAUUACAUUUGGCUAAACGACACACACUAAAAGUUAUAGGAUUAGCUAUACUAUUUUUGUGGGACAAAUAUGUUAUUGAAUUCUGUAUAAUCAAUAUCAAAGAAAUCUUUGUAUAAAUCAUUGGGAUUACUUUUGUGUUUCAGGUGACACAAUUUACUAUCUAAUUGAUUUUUAAAACGUUCCAAGCGACUCAUACUUUUUGACAUAACUGUGAUGUACUUCAAUAUAGGUACUGAAACAUCAAGGUUUCGUAAGCUCUUGCACAAUUAUGUCGCGAUUAGUCUGACAAUUCAAACAGUUUGUAUUAAAACGUUUAGAAUGAUACCAUGUUUUGAUGAUUUAAUCUACACAUUUUUUGGGAAUAUAUUGAUUUUCCCUUAUCUUAUCAUCUGUUUUACUAAUUCAGAGAAGAAAUAUUUCUAUGUAAUGUUUAUAAUUUAUUCCAGUUUUUGCUCAUAUUUUGCAGUAUGUAUUUACUGGUAAUAUUAGAAAAUAAUCUUU